AUGUCUCGCCAGUCCUGCGGCCUGGGCAAGGGCUUCAGCUCCAGCUCCGCUUGCUUCGGGGGCAGGAGCAAAGUCUCCUUCAGCUGCGCGCCCCGCGGCGGGGGCAGGGGCACUGGGGGGGGCUUCGGCAGCAGGAGCCUCUACUGCCUGGGGGGGAGCAGGAGCAGCUCCCUGGCAGGGCUCGGAGCUGCUGCUGCCUGCAGAGGCUUCGGCGCUGGUGGCCAAGGAGGCUUCGGCUACGGCGCUGGGGCAGCAUUCGGGGGUGGCUACGGGGCUGGGGCUGGCUUUGGUGGGGGCCUCGGCGGCUUUGGUGGAGGAUUCAGUGGUCAGGGGUUCCCCCCGUGCCCCCCGGGGGGUAUCAGGGAGGUGACCAUCAACCAGAGCCUGCUGGCCCCGCUCAACCUGGAGAUCGACCCCGAGAUCCAGAGGGUGAGGAAGCAGGAGAGGGAGGAGAUCAAGCAGCUCAACAACAAAUUCGCCUCCUUCAUCGACAAGGUCAGGUUCCUCGAGCAGCAGAACCGAGUCCUAGACACCAAGUGGAAGCUCCUUCAGGAGCAAGGUGGCACAGGGACAGGUGGCAGGAGCCUUGACCCCUUAUUUGAGAGCUACAUCAGUGGGCUGAGGAAGCAGCUGGAUUGUCUCUCCAGUGAGAAGGUCCAGCUGGAGUCAGAGCUGAAGAGCUUCCAAGACAUGGUAGAAGACUUCAAGACCAAGUAUGAGGAGGAAAUCAACAAGAGGACAGCAGCAGAGAACGACUUUGUGCUCCUCAAGAAGGACGUGGAUGGAGUCUACAUGGCCAAGGUGGAGCUCCAGGCCAAGCUGGAUUCUCUGGCAGAUGAAAUCAACUUCCUGAGGAGUCUUUAUGAAGCAGAGCUGGCCCAGAUGCAGAGGACUGUUUCAGACACCUCUGUGGUGCUCUCCAUGGACAACAACCGAAACCUGGACCUGGACAGCAUCAUUGCUGAGGUCAAAGCCCAGUAUGAGGAGAUUGCCACCAAGAGCAGAAUGGAGGCUGAGUCCUGGUACCGGUGCAAGUAUGAAGAGCUGCAGGCUACUGCUGGCAAACAUGGGGACAGCCUCAAGGACACCAAGGUUGAGAUCUCAGAGCUGAACCGCAUGACCCAGAGGAUUCGGGCGGAGAUCGAGAGCGUGAAGAAGCAGUGUGAGACUCUCCAGAGUUCCAUCGCGGACGCCGAGCAGCGCGGGGAGGUGGCCCUCAAGGAUGCCAGGGCCAAGCUGGCAGAGCUGGAGGCAGCCCUGCAGAAGGCCAAGCAGGACAUGGCCAAGCAGCUGCGUGAGUACCAGGAGCUGCUGACCGUCAAACUGGCUCUGGAUGUUGAGAUUGCAACCUACAGGACGCUGCUGGAAGGAGAGGAGUGCAGGAUAUCCGGGGAGUGCCAGAGCACUGUCAACAUCUCUGUGGUGGGCGGCGGCGGCAGCAGCUCGGCGGGAGGUGGAUUCGGCGCUGGGCUCUGCCUGCCGGGAGGCUUCGGUGCUGGAAGCUGCAGCACAGUCGGCUCCGGCCUCUGCUACGGCGCGGGAGGGGCUGGAUUCGGUGCCGGGGGCGGGUUUGGCUCCCUGGGUGGAGGCUGCAGCUCGGUGGUGGUUGGGGGCACUGGCAGCAUCCUGAAGAAGAGCAGCUCCGUGUCGCUCAACCGCAGGGUCUAGGAAAGUCAGCCCUGUCCCUCGGCCCCACCCCGGCCCCACCCCGGCCCCCCAAGGAGAAAAGAGGCAGAUUUCGUGGUGCCCACCCCCUCCCACCCCUUCCAUGCCAAGGCGAUGCCCACGUCCAGCUAUUUCAGUUUCCUCCGCACCGUCCUUCAGGAGCUGCAUGGAGAAGAAGAGAGGACUGCUGGCUGCCAGCCCCUGCUGACGGCUGAGAUGCUCCACGGAGCUUGAGACCAGUCUGCUUCUGCUGGAGGUGCUGCUGCUCCUCAGGGUGCUGAGACCUCCUGUGGGCAAAUCCUUCACUGAGAGCCCCCAGACACAACGGGGAUGAGGCUGCAGAGCAGCAUGGUCCAAGGCUGCAGAGCUGCAUGGUCCAAGGCUACAGAGCUGCAUGGUCCAAGGCUGCAGUGCAGCAUGGUCCAGAGCUACAGAGUAGCAUGGUCCAAGGCUGCAGAGCAGCAUGGUCCAAGGCUACAAAACAACCGAUCCAAGGCUGCAGAGCAGCAUGGUCCAAGAGAAUGGCAUCCUACCAGCACUGGGUGGAGUGGCCUGGUCCAUGUGGGCUGCUCAGAGAGCUGAGGUCCUGUGAAGCCUGCAGAAAGCUUUGACUUCUUCCAUCAAGAUCCAUCCUGUGGAGCAGUUUCAGUAGGUGCUACUCAUCAGCCAGGGCUGGAGCUCCAAACCAACAACCUCCUGCUGGUGACCAGUCCCAGCUGAGGACAUUUCUUAUCCCUCUGGACUCUGGGUUGGGUUUUUUGGUCCAGUCUAACCCCUGUUCCUUAGAAGCUGCUGGGAAAAUGUUUGGUUCUGCUGAGGGUUCAGCUUCUCUUUGUGCUGCUGGGAGCCAUGGUGCUUGUUUGCUUCAGCCUUUCUCCUUCGGCACGGUGGCAUCACUCAAUAAACACUAGAGGCAGUAA